UCCGACUUUCUAAUAGAACACGUGCCGCGUUCUAUCAGUUAGCAGGUUGGAAUUUUCGAGUUUCCUAAUUCUGAAUAGCAUGUAAACGCUGCAUGUACACCGCCUAGUCGAAACCACGUAGUUAUGGCGGCGUGCUGUCCAGUUCCGGAUUUGUUUGAAGUAUGUGUUGACGGUGUCUAGUUGGGACUUUGGAAUAUUUCGUCAACAAACUUUAAUUUGUCAACGAAACUAAGCAAAGUUAGAAUUGUAUCGUUUGUAUUUUAUAAGGACGUUUCCUUUUAUACACUUUUCUAGCUUACCAGGGCUAGCUAAACUAGCGACCGAGAACCAGCGAAUGCUAGUUGCUACUCGUCUGGAUUCAUCGCUUUCAUUUUUAAUGACGGUUUAGCUAGUUUGGCAACUUUUUUAAAGCUUUUUUUUUUUUCAUUCAAUUUCAAUCGAGUGUGGCGAAAGUAGGAUUUGAACUGAGCACACGAUUGCUAUUGGCUGGUGUCUUUACUUGACCUGCAGCUGCAGGUUCUGGAGGGAAGAGGCUGCGGUCCCGACUCAACCGGAGUCUCUCGGGCUGAACCGCUACUUGUGCCUAGAAUACUGUUUGAGUGACUGACAAAAUGCUGAAGACCCGUCAGUGUUUACUUGGCAUUCGCACUUUCCUCGGAGUGACGUCUAGAAUAUGGGGGUUUAUUCUGUACAUACUCAGGAAACAUUUAAGGACGAUAAUCCAGUACCAAACAGUGCGUUAUGACACAUUACCUCUGUCGCCUGUGUUCAUAAACAGACUCAAUGCCGUUAAGAGGAAGAUUCUGGUGCUGGACCUUGACGAGACCCUAAUUCACUCCCACCAUGACGGGGUGAUGAGACCCACAGUGAGACCAGGCACUCCCCCAGACUUCAUCCUAAAGGUGGUAAUCGACAAACAUCCUGUCAGGUUUUUUGUACAUAAAAGACCGCAUGUGGACUUCUUCUUAGAAGUGGUAAGUCAGUGGUAUGAGCUGGUGGUUUUCACGGCCAGUAUGGAAAUCUAUGGCUCAGCUGUGUCUGACAAGCUAGACAAGGACAGGGACAUCCUGAAACGAAGAUACUACAGACAGCACUGUACAUUGGAUCUGGGUAGUUAUAUUAAAGAUCUUUCUGUGGUGCACAACGAUCUAUCUAGUGUAGUCAUCCUGGACAACUCGCCUGGGGCCUACCGCAGCCACCCUGACAAUGCAAUACCCAUCAAAUCGUGGUUCAGCGACCCAAGCGACACAGCUCUUCUUAACCUGCUACCCAUGCUGGACGCUCUGAGGUUCACAUCAGAUGUCCGGUCCGUCCUCAGUCGAAACCUCCAUCAGCAUCGGCUAUGGUGAUUCGGCGCUAGCGUCAGCAGCUCCACUUCUUUUUAGAUUGCCUUCUCUGCUGGUUGUUGCUCGACCCCCCCUCUGCUCAGCCCACAUCUCCCCCAGCCCCGUGGUGUGAGGACAAAGACUGGGGGCCACAAAUACCGAGGGGGGAGCUACAUAUAAGGAAGGAAAACAAAGUGGAGAUGGCAAAUUUUUUAUUUUUCCUGAAUGGAAACUCUUGCCUUAAAGUCCUUGGAUUCUGGGAGUGCAUGUUGAGUGUGUUUGUGUAAACAUGUGAGAGGAUGCUUGCAUUAGUCACUUUUUUGUUGUUGAUGAAAUAUGAAAUCUUUUUAACUAUUGACUAUGGAAAUACUGAUUAUGAGACAAUGAAGAAACCAGUCCUUCCUUAUUUCAGAAAAAUUACUUGAAUGUUGUGUAGUUAAUACAGAAGUAAGAUUUUGACCCUACUUCUCCAUCCACAGAGCAAAGUUAAGUUUUCAUCAAGCUUUGUAUUCAUGAGCAUGUUUUCUUCCUUGGACUUUUUCAAGCCUGAUUUACUCCCAUUCUCUUUAAACCAUGUACCAUGUACACAUUAUCCCAUUUCCUUUAAUGUAACUCCAACAUCCUGGCCCAUUGAAAAAUGUAAGCUAAGGCCUUUGGUGGGUUUCUGUCGGUCAGACAUCAAAUCGACCAGUUUCCAAUAAAUUGCUUGGCAUCAUA